AUGCAGGAUCCAAAUACUGGAAUUAAAACCCAAACCCAGAGGCUGAUAAUAACUACAAUCCCUCACGCGAUGACAGGGCAAGAUGUGCUGGAAUGGCUGAUUCAACGCCUGCAAAUUACAGAUGAAGAAGGCUACAUCUUGGGGAAUAUGAUUGUGAAGCUUGGCUACAUUUACCCCUUACAGGAGCCCAGGAACCUGGUCCUGAAGCAUGACAACAGUCUUUACAGGUUCCAGACUCCUUACUUCUGGCCCACUCAGGAGUGGCCAGCGGAAGACACAGAUUAUGCAAUUUAUUUGGCAAAGAAAAAUAUAUGCAAGAAAGGUUUAUUGGAAGAAUAUGAGAAGGAAAAUUACAAUAACUUGAACAUGAAGAUCAACCACAAGUGGGAUUUUGUCAUCAUGCAGGCAAAGGAACAAUAUCGGGCUGGCAAAGAACGUAAAAAGGCUGACAGGUUUGUUCUGGAUUGUCAGGAGCGAGCGUACUGGCUAGUGCACAGACCAGCGCCGGGAACCCUUGACGUCCUCGAUUAUGGGAUUAACCGUGCAACAGACCCGAAUGCAGAUAAGAAGAAAACAUAUGAUUAUUACAGGAGAGAGAUUCUGUACUAUCAACAGGCCCUGGUCAGAUCCAGGGUGAAGUCUUCUGUCUCCCUCGGAGGAAUGAUGAAAUACUGUGAGCAGUAUUUUACCCACGACCCUAUAAUGUCAGGAUGCCUCCCCAGCAAUCCUUGGCUCACUGAUGACACAACAUUUUGGGAACUCAACACGCCAAUGGCAGAUAACCCAACGAAGCUGCGAGUGGAGCGCUGGACCUUUAGCUUCGCGGAGCUAAUGAGGGAUCUCAGAGGCCGUCAGAAUUUUGAGCUGUUCCUCAAAAAGGAAUUCAGCGGAGAGAACUUGGCAUUCUGGGAAGCGUGCGAAGAUUUAAAGCAUGGAGAACAAUCAAAGGUUAAAGAAAAAGCUGAGGAGAUUUACAAAACAUUCCUGGCGCAGGGUGCGAGGCGUUGGAUUAACAUUGAUGGGAGAACCAUGGAGAUUACUGUGAAAGGCCUGCAACACCCACACCGUUAUGUGCUGGAUGCUGCACAGACUCACAUCUACAUGCUGAUGAAAAAGGAUUCAUACCCUCGUUUCUUAAGAUCCCCCAUUUAUAAGGAGAUGCAGAGUAAGGCUCUCAUUCCUGAAGAGACCAAGCCAAAAAGUAACUUUCCCUUCAUGAAGAGACACAGACGUUCCAGUCCGAGUCCCGUCAUCUUGCGGCAGCUCGAGCAGGAGGCCAGAGCGAAAGCAGCUGCCAGUGGCCCGAAGGUGGUCGAUAUUACACAGAUAUGUAGAUUUACUGCACCUGUUUCCCACCUGACGGUGUACACAGGCCUAUGUAUCUCACCUUGUUCCCUGAGUCCAUCCUUAUCCAAUCCUGCCAACAGUGAUCUGCCCUUCUGCACACCCAGGUACAUCCCAGUAGCAAAUAGUGCCUUCUGCCCCUCACCGAUCAGUGUCGCAUUAGACAGUACCCCAACAACGGGAAGAAAAUGGCAGCAAAAUCAUUUGGUCUCUAAUCAAUUUUCCUCAGUUGCUGACAAUACUGAGUUGUCUGUUGAAUCUGAAUCAAGCACCUACAACCAGAUACCUGGGCCCGUGGAAACCAAACCUUCUCAGAAAUCCAAAAUGACUCUGUCCUUUAGCAGGUUUUUGAAACGGGGAUUUUCAAAUUCGCCGGUCUUUGCAACAUUGUCUCCCAAAUGCAUCUCAUUGAACAAUCGAAAAAUCCAACCUAUGAAUGGGGCGGAGAAGCAGCUGCAACAAAAGACAAGAAGAGUUUCCAAUUUUUUCCAAAUUAAAGUAGAUAUGCCAUCCGAGUGCAGAAUUUACCCCAUAGAUUCUGAGGACGAGGAUGAAGAUUGUCAUCGUACCUACAAGGACUCUGUGAAUGAAGUCAUUUGUCCCUGGGAGAGCGUGGCAGAGGAAAGUAAUGCAGGAUGAU